CUCCCUCAGGCCCGCACAUAUAAGGUGGCUCUGAGAGGUGUCCCGUCCAGUCGCCCCUCAGCAGCUGACUGGUGUGGCGAUCACACUGUACUGCAGAUCUAUACUAAGAUACUUUUGGUAUCUUACUUUCAGUAGCUUUACUUUAUUAUUCUCGAUAUCUUCAGUAACAGCAUACAAGUGUAGGAUCUCUGAUCAGUAUGUCUCCGUGUACCGCCGUCCCCCAACAGGUGUUGACCGGAGGUGAUGAGGCGACGGGGCAGAUAUUGAAGAGUCUAUUCAGCUCGAGUCCUGAAGAGCAGACGAAGGCCGCACACGAGCUGAGGCUCCUCCUGAAUCAUGGACCAGAGGACAAGCUCAUGGAGCGCCUCCUGCAGGCUGGCGCUCUCCCAAGACUUGUGCUCCUCCUCCAGAGUGAUCACAGCUGGCAAUUACAGAACGAAGCAGCGUGGGUGUUGUGCAACAUAGCGUGCGGCACCAGUGAACACACCCAAGCUGUGGUGGAUGCUGGUGCUGUACCCGCCCUCGCGCGCCUCCUGAGACACACGUCCUCUGAGGUGUGCCACACAGCCAUGUGGGCCCUGGCUAAUGUUGGCGCAGACAACCAUAUUAACCGUAACUUAGUUCUGGCUCAAGAUGUCUUCACCCCUCUGUUAAGGAUUCUGGAUGACACGAAUAUUAACGAAUUAAGAACAGGAGCGUGGUUAUUGCGUGUCCUGUGUGCGGAGAAUAGCUCACCAACUUACUUUACCCAUCUGGCGCGGUGUGUACCAGCAGUGUGUAGCCUCACCUUGCACAACGAUGACACGGUGUCCACUGAGGCUAGCCAAGCUCUGGUUAGCCUGGUGAAAACACACACACACAAUGCACAGGCAGCAUUGUGCCCCACCUUCUAUCCUAAACUCCUGAAACUGUUUAGAUCGAAGCCUCAGAACAGAGCACUUGCCACAGCUGUAGCCGCACUUCAGAACUUGGAGCCUAACACCGAUGACAACACAAAGGCCUUGAAAAAAUCAAGAAGGAAAACAUCGACGGGUCCGUCACAAUGUUGUGUUGCUACUAGAAGUACACCAAAGAGAUGUGGGUACUUGUCACCAGCCAUGUCCACCAAAACACAAUUGAGGCGAAGCGUCAUGAAAACACGAUUGUCAACAAAGAAAUUGAUGAAGACAACACCAAACCAUUCAGCAUCAAACAUCUAUCUUAAAAAGGGAGAAAUAUUCAAAGCUGUCGAGAUGGGUGACCUAGACAAGGUCGAGGCUCUUAUACAUGACACGGGUCCUGUGGUGACCAAACCCCAGACUGGGUGUACGCUCCUGCACGCUGCAGCAGCCAACAACCAGGCCGAGGUGGUGCUCCUCCUCCUCAAGUUCAUCAGCCCCAACAUUGUCAACAAGGAGGGCCGCACGCCGGCCCACCUGGCCGCCAUUAAGGGCCACACUCAGGUCUUGAGGAUUCUGAUGGCUGAUGACGGACUGAAUCAUGACAAGCGAGACAACUCCAACAGAACUUACAAGGACUUGCUUGCUGCGCCGUUAUUUGAGGCAGUUUUGUGGCGGGACAAGAGGAGGAUACAAGAGGUGUUGAGUCUUGGUGGUGACCCAGACUACCACGCUGGGAGGAUGGUGGAGGGAGCCCUGGCCCGGGAGCUGAGGGUCACCACAGCCCGCCACUUGGCUCUAACCUUACACGGACAAACUAUCCUCAGCAUGCUCCCUCAGCGACGAACACCUGAAACCAUAAAAGAAACCAAAGCCCUGAUGGGUUUCAACUUCAGUAAUGGUGAAACCCUUGAUAAUGAACUUCCGAUGGGUCCACUGAGGCUGCGAGUGAAGGCAGCAAGAAGCCAGGCUUCAGGCCCCGACGUGUACAAGAUGGACACAGACCCCAGAGGAUACGUCUGUAUCCUCAGCUACAGUUCCUUCAAGGACCGUCCCGACCUGGACCUCGAGGGUUCACACUCUGACGUCAACAACCUGUCAAACGUCUUCGGGAAAAUGGGAUGCACUGGACACUCACACUCCUCCUUGACGGCACACCAGACCAAGCAAGUGUUGACGAGUGUCAGGGACAUGGAAGUCCUCGACCAUGUUGGAUGUGCUGUUUUUGUCAUCUCUAGUCAUGGUGUUGGAAACGAAAAGUUUCUAACUAAUGACAUGAAACUUUUAACAACUGAAUGGGUUUGUGGCCUCUUUAAAGAUUCAGAAUGUCCACGAUUAAAACAUAAACCCAAACUGUUCAUCUUCGACUUUUGUUGUGGCUAUUAUAAGGAUCAGACUCCUAGAUCAAGCAGCACCAUCCACGAUACAAGAGUGGAGGAGCCUCUACGGGACAUGAUGUGCCUCUACUCCAGCGACGGAAGUUUCACAUCGUACACCUUUACCAAGGACGGAACUCCCUUCAUCACGGCCCUGUGUCGCACCCUGGCGCAGCACGCUCAUGAUAAUGAAUUUGGCGAAUUGUACAGAGAGUUCCUCAAGGAACAUGCCAAAACGCUUCUCACAGGCGUUCCACAGCUCUGUAACUUUGGCUUCACUAAGAAGUUUUACUUCACCCCUGUGUCGCCGUCUGACACAGUACGUGCACCGUAAUGAGUUUGAAACUUUUACAGUUUCUUAUGAGUUCAUCAAGACGUCUUACUGAUGCAAAGUUAAUUUCACGACUAACUUCACAAGAAUUUUCACUUUCUUACGCAUGUUGUACGCGCUUAUCAUAAGUCUAAGGCACUUAUCAUAAGAUCCGUAAUCACAUUGUACACCACUAUAACUUUACGUACUUGAUUAUUAUAUAACUUUUAAAUAAACUAUAUUGGUUCGAUUUGUGUAAAAUACCCAAAAUGCUUAUCACAUAAACGCCAUAGUCAGUAACUAAUCUGAAGUACUGGGGACGAUUGUAGUGUUUGGUUGAUGGCACAGCAAGCAAAAUAACUUUGAAUAAUUAUUUGUUUUGUUAAUAUAAACAAUGAGUGAUUUAACAUAGUGAUAACAGUCCAUAAUGUUUGCUGACAGGAGUAGAGCGACUCUCCCUCGGUCACACGCAAAAUUAUAAAAUUUAUGUAGAAUAUCUACACGAAAGUUUAUAGAUUUAAGGUAGAAAAAAUACUGUACAUAGCCUUUGAGGUUGAUUGACCAGCCAGCAAUACUACAUUAGUUCAGAACAUAAUUCAAGUUUAAGUAAACUUUUAGUAAACAUACACUGGGAAGUGCGUUAUGUUUAUACAGUACUGUAUAAAGCGGCCUAAUAACGGGUAUGUUGUACCGAAUAGCCAGAACGCAUUACUUGGUCUAAUAUGCAAGGCCCGAUUUGCCUAACAGGAAGAGUGAUUUUCAUCGUUUUCAAAUAU